AUAAACUCUGGAGUCUGUUCCUUGCAUAGAGUCCGGGAUGCAAACGGAAUUUGUAGUCUUUCUUCCGAUUAUUUAUUGUAACGAUCAGUUAAAAUAAUUUGAGAUGAGCAGGUUUUAAUCGAUUGUCAAUUCAAGACUCAGAAGCAAUAAAAAGCCCCAAUCUUAUUAUUUUUCUCUGUUUUUUUUGUCUUCUUUAUUCACUUUUUCCCUCUCGCCGUAUAAUGGAAUCUCCACCACCGCCGUUGCCGCCCCCCUGUUAUAUCUCCCAGGGUUCCAAGAAAAGGGUUUUUCCGGGGGGUAGUUCGACGUGUAUGGAGGCAGAUGUGGUGGAAAUCCCACCUCCAGGAAAUAGCAGCUCGAAACUGAAGUCCCUUAAGCUCAAGGAAAAAGAGGUAAUUUUUCCUGAAGUAAUAGAUGUUGACAUGGAUGACGACUAUGAGGAUAUUAUGCUUUUGGAUAGAGAAGUGGACACAAAGAGGAAGGGCAAGGAUGUUUUCAGCAAGCUUCCCUCAGGAUCUAGUUCUGGAAUUAAUGAUGGGUCUGGGAAUGGUGUGCAAUCUCCAGAGAAAAAUUAUGUUUCAGGAUCACAUUAUUUAAUUAACGGAGAAGAUUUUGAUGCUGACUUUUUUUAUGGAGAAAAUGAGUAUGUGGAUAUGUCUCAGGAUGAUCCCCUAUAUGAUGAUCAGUAUGCUAUCAUACAAGCUCAUUUGGAUAGUUGGGAUAUACCUCCUGGGGUUGAGGUUAGUGUACCUUGGUUUACAGGCCAUGAAGAAAAUAAAUUAAAGCCGGCUGUUGCAAGUACUUCAAAUCAUUCUAGCUCGCCAAUUGACGUGGAUGGUGUGGUUUUCCCCCCAAAUUCCAAUUCAUCCUCCUCAAUAUGGCCCAUGGAAUUUGAACAAUCAAGUGACAAAUCAAUUAUAGGAGAGAAUUUAAUUUCAGGAGACAAAGUGAAAGGAAGUGGUCAACCUAAGAAAUGGGAGCCAUCUUCAUCAUGGUUGCUUAAAGAUCCUGCUCAUGUCUCGAAGAGGUCAACUGCAGCCAGGAGUUCAUUUAGUUUGCCAUCAAAAUUCCCAAAGGAUUAUUUGACCUCCUCAUCAAGCAUGGAUAUGCAUGAUUCUCGUCAUCAUUUGGCUGAAUCUUGGCGUCAUCAUUUGGCUGAAUCUUGGCGUAGUAAAACUAAGAGGAAUCGUCAACUAGGUUACAAUAUGCUGGAGGGUGGUUCACACAACCAGUUCAGUCAUCAUAUUUCUAGCUUUACAAAGCAUCCGGUUAGUGGUCCCUUGACUGGUCUAGCUUCACGUAGUCGAACAAAACGAAAUGAUGUUCAACCUGGAGCAGUGAGCCAUAAGCAUCUGGGCAGUGGUGCCUCAACUAAUCCAGCUUCUCAUAUUCAAAAAUUGCUAAAUGAUGUUCAACCUGAGGCAGGAAGCCAUAAAUAUGCGUGGAAGAGCAUGCCGAACAAUACUGUAGGACAUUCUUUCGUGAAUGCUUCAUAUCCAUCAGGAUUUGUUGAUCAGUCUGGGCCGCAACCUGUCUUCCCUGAUGACAUGGCCUUUGGCCCCUGGGACAUGGAUCCUAUUGUUGGCCAAAAGAGUGCAACUGCUUCUGGAAACUCAUCUGGGUUGUUAUCUGGCAAGGCAAAAUAUGGGGAUCCUGGUGAAUUUUUGAAGAACUUUGAUCUUUUUAAGAAAUUUGAUACUGUUCAAGAUUUUACAGAUCACUAUUAUUCUAAAAAUGGUUUUUCAGUGAGGCAGCCGUCAAAGAAUUGGGCAAAGAAGAUACAGGAGGAAUGGAGGAUUCUUGAAAAUGAUCUACCUGAUACAAUAUUUGUCAGAGUCUAUGAAUCGAGGAUGGACAUUUUGAGGGCCGUAAUAAUUGGAGCUGAAGGGACUCCAUACCAUGAUGGCCUAUUUUUCUUUGAUGUGUUCUUCCCAAGCAAUUAUCCUAAUGUGCCACCACAUGUUCACUACCAUUCUGGCGGCCUUCGUAUUAAUCCGAAUUUGUACAAUUGUGGGAAAGUAUGCCUCAGCCUUCUUAACACUUGGAGUGGUAGUCAUAAGGAAAAGUGGAUUCCUGGUGUAUCAACCAUACUUCAAGUUUUGGUCUCUAUUCAAGGGCUGAUUCUGAAUGCCAAGCCAUAUUUCAAUGAACCUGGAUAUGCAAGCAUGAGCGGUACACCUGGGGGUGAAAGUAACUCACUGCAAUACAAUGAGAGCACUUUCAUCUUGUCUCUGAAAACAAUGGCAUACAACAUCAGGAGGCCACCAAAGUAUUUUGAAGAUCUUAUUGCAGGGCAUUUUUACAAGCACGCACGUGAUAUUCUUGUGGCUUGUAAGGCAUAUAUGGAUGGAGCUCAGGUGGGAUGUCUUGUCAAGGGGGGUGUUCAAGAUGUUGAUGAAGGUGACAAGAGCUGCUCCCAGCAUUUUAAGAACUCUUUGGCAGGAUAUAUCAAAACGCUUGUGGAUGCGUUCGCAGAAAUUGGUGUCAAAGAUUGUGACGAAUUUCUUGCUUUAGCACAAAAGACAAACAGGAUGGUGCCUUCUCAGCCAGUGGCUCAAAAUUUUUACUACUACUGACUUGAUGAGCAGGCAAUUUUGAAGUUUAACCAUUUGCUCGCCCAUAAGAUGUGCGGUUUAGGAAUUCUAUCUUAACAGGCUAGAUCGCACUGAAAUUAUGCAGUAUGCUAGAAUUAUGGCAUUUGGGACAUAAAAAGUACAAUAUUAUUGACAAUAAAUGUAUAUAUAGCAGUUAGCUGUCCAUAUAAUAUUUUCCCCCCUUUUUUUCUGGAAUGAGUAGUAGUGGAUUUAAGUUUGACAAUGUA